UUUUCAAAUAUUGGAUUUUUAUUUUUUAUUUUUUUUAUUCUAGCGAGGGACUACCACGUUGUCUUCCGUCAGGCUCACUUGAGAAGGGGUUAGGGUUUAUGCGAGCUGCAAAAUGGAGACGAUAAAGAAAGGGUUUAGGAUUUCAAAAUUAAUUUCUUUCAGCAUCUCGGAUUAUUCUCAUCAUCACCAAUCUCAUUUUCGAACUCAUCGUAGUGUAGAUUCGCCAUUGUUAAGUAGAUUUUUCUCCUCGUCGUCAUACAAUAACAGGUCUAACGAUGGUUACAGUGGUGGUCGAUCACCACCACCAAGACGACGCUCCGGCGAUGGAUUCAGCACAUCAGAUCGAACUCCUUCUUCGUCACGGCUUUCUGGAUUCAACCACGGUAACGAUGACCGAGACGCCGGCGAUAAUAGGGAUCGAAGACACACAGGAGGAAGAAGGGAUAUCGACAGCAACAGAAGACCUAAGUACGAUGAUGAUAGUAGGUAUAGACCGAGUAACAGAGCAUCAUCGGAAGUUAACAGAACCGAUAGUCGGAAAUCUGAAACAAACAGCUCUUAUGUCCCAUUUGAUGAUGAUGACGAACAGAAGCCCCAAUUUUCUCAUACUCCACGAGUUAAAGAUCCUAAGAUUCAGGACGUUGAUGGAUUCCUCGAUAGAUUCAAGCUUGGAUUAGAUGAAGAAAAAGGUAAUCCCAUUUCUGACAAAUCAGAUACCAGCAAUACUGCCGGAGAGGGAGAAGUAGUGACCGGGGAGCCUCAACCACCGCCACCACCACCACCAGAAGACGCUGAUGAGCUAUUUAGGAAAAUGAAAGAAACAGGGCUGAUCCCAAAUGCAGUAGCGAUGCUCCAUGGUUUGUGUAGCGAUGGAUUGGUUCAAGAAGCAAUGAAGCUGUUUGGUGUAAUGCGUGAAAGAGGAUCCAUCCCCGAGGUGGUGAUAUACACAGCAGUGGUUGAAGGGUUUUGCAAGUCUCAGAAGCCAGAUGAAGCUAUCAGGAUCUUCAGGAAAAUGCAGAACAAUGGUAUUGUACCCAAUGCAUUUAGUUAUGGUGUUCUUGUUCAGGGUUUGGUUAAAGGGAAGAGAUUAGAUGAAGCUCUUGAAUAUUGUUUGGAGAUGGUGGAAGCUGGUCAUUCACCAAAUCUGGCUACUUUUACAGGUUUGGUGAAUGGGUUUUGUAGAGAAAGAGAUUUGGAAGCUGCUGAAAUGAUGAUUAAGAGUUUGAAAGAGAAAGGGUUUGGAUUUGAUGAAAAAGGUGUUACAGAUUUCAUGGAGAAGAAAGGUCCAUUUUCGCCUUUGGUUUGGGAGGCAAUCUUUGGGAAGAAACGUUCACAAAUGUUUUGAUCAUUUUCUAUGUUUGAAAACUUCAGUUUUUCUAGAAAGAGGUUGGUGGUUUCUUGUUAUUUAUGGUGGAUAAAUAGUUGAAAUUGAAACAGAACUUUGAUUACAAUACAUGAUAUUAGCCUGAGAUCUGGUGUUUUUCUGGAAGUUGUUUUGUAUGAACUUGUAUUAUGCAAUUAGUCAAUGCAUAAAUUAUAAACUCAAGAUUUAAACUUGCACUUUAAA